AUGGCAUUAUCCAAAACCCUAUCUGCAGUGUUUCCGUGUUUCUUCCUAUUUCUGCCACUUAUACAUGAAUGUGUAGGACAAACUAAAGAGUAUAAAGAACUCACCGAAACCGUUCGCAGCCUCCAAGAUGACAUGAAGAAUUUGAAGUAUGUUGUCCUAGAACUUAAAAAGCAAAAUGAUGCUUAUGCCGAAAAAAUACAAAGUCUUGAAUCCACUGUGAGUCAGUGUUCGCGUGAAUGUCUAGACCUAGACAAUAUCGGACAUACCAAAAACAAUUUGAAUUUUAAAGAUAUUUUUCAAACAAUCGAAAAUGAAGAAAAAAGUCAAAGAAAAAUCUUAAGUCAAAAGAGAUUUACAAAGAAUGAAAAAAUAAUAAACACUGUGAAAAGAAACGGGGGACUUUCGAGACAAACAAGACUUUUAAUACAGGGAAAUGUCCCCAUGAAACCAGCUUUUUAUGCCAUGCUUCAAUCGGACCUAAUUGUUCCUCCCGGUCAAUUAGUGAAGUUCCAACGUGUUAUUACCAAUGUGGGAGACUUCUACAGUCCUCAUACCGGGAUUUUUACUGCUUACCAUUCCGGUACAUUUGGUUUCUCCAUUUCAUAUACAGUGCCACGUCAUAGCUGUGGAUACCUUCGAAUAAUGAAAAAUAGUGAUGAACUUAUAACCGUUGGAGAAGAUGAAACAACACAGUAUGAAGUCAUUUCUGCAACUAUAGUUGUGCAGCUUAAUGAGCAUGACACUGUGUAUGUUAAAACAAGUGCAAUUAAACCGAGCACGUCCCUAAUUUCAAAUGCAGCUGCUCAAUCAAUUUUCGUAGGUUGGGAAAUCUAA